AUGCUGUCAACGCUGUCAAAUUUCCAUUAUGUGCUUCAGUCGAGAUACAGACAGGCUGCAGUUUGCGUUGGCAACUGUGGCAUGGACAUUAAGACCACAAUUAACAAGCACGUCAGAAUUUGGAGUGCGCCUUUUUGUGGAGCGGCUAUCGAGAGCGGUCGAUUGGCGGCGUCGGUUCACACGGCCGAUACGCGAGCUUCCGGGCCUUCCGCCGACUUGUUCGGACCUGAGCCCGCUAUCGGCCGCAUCCGCCCGACAGCGGCCACUUGCGCGAUAGCCGGACGGGCAGCGCUCACCGCAAGCGAUACGCCCGCCCCGACUAACACAGAAUGGGUUACGCAAAACCCUGAA